GCAGGUCAUUAGAUCCAAGAGGCAGCGAGACUGUAACGACUGUGAGAGAGGUCAUGAGCAGGGAGCAUCUCCUCGGCGACGACGACGAGAGCAUCGUCCUGGCGAGACUUGGCGCUGUGGGGAGUAUCACCAUUGACGGAUGGUCUAGUGCAUAUGACGACGCAUACCCCAAGGCCCUCAAAGGAGUCGUGCCGCCAAAUGAGUUUCACACGUGCAUUACUGCGAUCAACCAGUCCGUGGAUGACUACUACCCGUGCAUUCCAUGCUUUGGAUGUGGGUACCUUUGCUGUGUGGCGUCGUUCGGGCUGUCCCUCUUAGUCCCGCAGCCGUGCACCACGGAGCUGGAAAAAGCCGUCGAAUUUGUGCUGCAUCGCAUCAAUGGACGGGACGACUUCCUCUACCGUGGCAUCGUGUGGAAGGUCGUUCGACCCAAGCACACGCAUACGUCGUGGAUUGAGCUACGACAGCUCGCAUGUUAAAGAAUGUGUCAAUGUAGUACGGUGUCUUUGGUAUUGGGCUGUCGAUGUGAACCCGUCGUUGACGUUUGUCGAG